AUUCCUUAACUUUUUUAUAUUUAAUAAGUAUAUGGAUUAAUUAAAAGGAAUAGGAAUUUAAGUGUUCUAUACUAUAUUAAAAUAACAUAGAAGAAAGUUAAGACCUGAAAUGAGAAUACUAGGUGAUGCUUAUGUAAAAGAGGAAUUUAGAUAAGCAAAUUAAAAGGCAAAUUAAGAAUAAUAUAUAGAAUUUUUAAAGAGAUGGUAUAUAUUUAAAUAAUAUUGAAAAGGGCUAUUUAUAUUGAAGAAUUAGAUCAAUCUAAAUUGAUUGGUAGAGAUUUAACUUCAGAGGAAAAAUCAUUAUUGAAUGAUGAAUAAAUAGAAAACUUAGCUAAGUUAAAAGAAUUCUCAAAAUAAUAAAAAUCUGAAUGA